AUGUCGGCUCAACAAGCGAACCUCAACCUCCAAUACCAGCAACAGCUCCAGCAACAACAGCUCCAGCAACCACAGCUACAGCAGCACAGCGCGCAGCAGAUUACACAGCAACCACAGCUACAGCAACCACAGCCACAGCUACAGCAGCCACAGCUACAGCAGCAGCGCCGCAAGAACUCGGCGCAGCAGCCCGCAAAGAAGAAGACGUUUCCGACGGUUGUCUCGCCAGGGAUGCGCGACCGGCAGGCGAGGGGGAAGAAUACGCACAGGAAGCAUGAGGAUGACGUGACGGAUGAAGAUGAGUAUGAUGAUGAUGAUGAUGGGGAAGAGGAGGAGGAGGGAGAAAAUGGACAAAUGGAAGGAAUCAAAAAUGAUAAAGGCGAAGAAGAAGAAGAGGAGUCGGAGGACGACGAGACUAACUCAUCCAGCUUCAGCUACAGAUCGGAGCCCUUUGAGAUGCGCGAGCGGAGAGCCUAUGCGCUGGCCGUGCUGGAUCGGCCGGAGCAGUUGAUGAUGUAUGCAAACACCACAAACGACAGCGUCGCAGGCCAGAGAGUCCGCUUCACGAGAAUGAUGUGCGGCUUCGACGACGAAACGGACUGGCGCAACAAUCUGCAUUACAAGGCGGCCCUUGCGGCCGCCAAGGAGAGGCAGAUCAAGGUCCGGAGGGGCGCGAGUCUCCCGAGGGAUUUCUGA